AUGUCAUUCACAACUUUAUUUGUUUACCUCUUGUCUCUCCUGGCUCUAGUGGCCGAAGCACACCCUCCAAAGUCGUUCAACCCGAACGAGCUGGCUACUCAUGCUGAGGUUAAGAACAGAUGCGGUCCCCAUGUUGUUGCUCAGAAAAGAAGUCAGCGGGCUCUCCGCCGUCGUGGACUUUCGGUUGAUGUGAAUGACAGAGAAACUACCUACGAAAUCCACGCCAGUGCCCCAAAGUACGAUUUCAUCAAAAAUUGGACCAAUAUUCUCACCCCAGAAAGUAGCGACGGGCCAUACUUCUAUCCUCGGAGUCAGAGUCUUCGCCAGGACAUUCGCGAAGGCCAGCCGGGUGUACCCUGUCCUUGGAGAUUGGUGUGGUCGACAUCAAUACCUGUGAGCCCAUGGAAGAUGUGCUGGUGGAUAUUUGGCUCUUUCACUGGGCUUUCUCCAAAUACGCCCUUUAUGGAACUAUACACCAAUGCGUCGCACGGUGGCUCUUUGAAUAUCACGGAAGGGCUUCCGGAUCUUUCUUGGCUUGCGACAGACAACACAACUUUCCUUCGUGGCAUGUGGCCGACAAAUAAACAGGGUGUUACAUCUUUUACUACGAUCUUCCCUGGGUUCUAUGUUGAAAGAGCGAUCCACAUCCAUGUCCAGGUGCACACGAACUGGUCAGUGGUUUCGAACGGCACCAUCAGCCACGGCCCAAUUGUCAGCACCGGCCAAAUCUUCAUUGAUGAGACUCUUGAGAAGGAAAUUAUGGCCAUUGAACCGUAUGCCAGCCAUACUCAGAUUGAACGUGUUCCCAAUGACAUAGAUGGAAUUUACACUACCGAGUCGAUUACUGGGGCAAUGACUCUCCUAGAUACCGAGCCUCUCGACGGAGUCGAUUAUCGUAAUGGUGUUAUAGGAUACAUCACGUUGGGAGUCGACCCUUCCUCGAUUAAAAACGGCUCAACCGUUAACGCUGCUCCUGCUGCUGUCAAUCUGACAGCCCUGGGUAUUUGA